AUGAGCACCAACCAGUAUGGACGUCGCACAUGGGACGUUGAUGAGUAUGCCCAGAGGAAACGGGUGAAGGAGGCCCGAGGCGGAUUUGUGUCGAGUGUCCACCAGGAGACGGGGACGCUGUUUGGAUCUGACCAGUCGUGGUUUGUCUGCGAGCCGUGCAGACGGCGGUUCAAGGACACGCAGGCGUUGGCUGUACACUGUUCGUCGAGACAGCAUUUGGAGAAUGUACCACGGGAGGAGGAGCCGGCGAUCACGUUGGCCAAUGUAGUUGCCUUUGUGAAGUCUAUAAAGGAGUGA